UGCUAGCCCUCUUAUUAACAUAGAUAGUUAUCAACUCAAGAAAAUAAGCACAGACGUACAAGAUCUGAGAGCCCAAUAUUCUCUGUAACAAUUUCCUUCCAGCUAGAAGAAGAAGCAGUCAAAAGACCAGACAGCACCAUGAAACGUAAGACAAGCUCCUCAAAGAUGCUGUUCAACCACCUUUGACCCAUUUGGCUGCCUCUCAACCAGACAUUCUCAUCUACAUACCUUGAGAAAACCGUCGCUUGUCGUUUUCCUUCUGUCCACUCCAUUUAAUUUUCUUCCUGGUAAGGCGAUCAUUACCACCAAGAUUUCUGCAAAACCCACGCUCAGCGCCGGUCAAUAUUCUGACGAUGAUAUGAUGAAGAACAAAAUGGCUGUCUCCCUUUGAUGAAACAGGCAAGAAUUGAAGCUUUAAUUUGAAAGUACAACGUCGUACUUACCCUUUUUGGCAUGGAAGGUUUCUUCCUCAAGUAUGGAUAAAAGAAAGCAUAACUCGAGAAGACGGUUCGAGUGGUGGUUCAAACGCUGGCAUAAGAAACCUCAUCUCUCUGGUUUAACUGAUUCUUCAGAUGAAAGUGAUGAUGGCAUGGGCGCAGUCUGUGUUCGGUCGUUGGAGAUAGAGCCCUGCUUUCCCGACAAUGAAUUAAGACUGUUUGUGGGAACGUGGAACGUCGCCGGAAAGCCUCCGGUGGGGAGCUUGGCCGUUGAUUUGGAUGAAUGGCUGAAUCUUAAAGAAGCAGCUGACAUUUAUGUUCUUGGAUUUCAAGAAAUUGUGCCAUUGAAGGCAAAAACAGUGAUAGGAGCAGAAGAUCCAACAGAAGCCACAAAAUGGAACCUUUUGAUUGGGAAGACUUUGAACGACAAAUAUGGGUGUCCCUGGUUAACUCCCAUGGUUAAACCAAUCUCCAGCGACGACGAUUACGAGUACAAUGAGGCCACUGAUCUUCACUCCGGCAGGUACAAAUUAAUGGCUAGCAAGAAGAUGGUGGGCGUGUUCAUCAGCGUGUGGAUGAGAAAGGAAUUGUUGAGGAGAUAUCGAGUCUCAGGCGUGAAGGUUUCAUCAGUGGCGUGUGGAAUCAUGGGAUAUUUGGGCAACAAGGGAUCAGUUUCUGUGAGCAUGACUAUAGAAGGAACCAGUUUUUGCUUUGUGGUGGCACAUUUGGCCUCCGGCGAGAAGAAGGGCGAUGAAGGGAGAAGAAACUACCAAGUGUCCGAGAUUUUCCGGCGGACGUUAUUCCCCCGGAGCCCUGAAGACGGCGACAGUAAUCCUCCUCAUCCCCUCACAAUCCUGGGACACGACCGGAUAUUCUGGUUCGGCGAUCUCAACUACAGAUUAUACCUGGAAGACAAUUUAGCCCGGCAGUUGAUAGUGAAGCACGACUGGAACUCACUGCACAAGUUCGAUCAGCUCCGGCGGGAGCAGGAAGACGGCGGCGUGUUUGAAGGUUGGCGGGAAGGAAACAUAGAAUUCGCGCCCACAUACAAGUACUCUUCUUCUAACGCAAAUAUAUAUUCCGGCGGCCUUCCAAAUGCAGCCGGAGAGAAGCAAAGAACCCCCGCAUGGUGUGACAGGAUUCUAUGGUAUGGCAAGGGAAUUCAUCAGCUAUCCUAUCUCCGGAGCGAAAGCAAAUUCUCAGAUCAUCGUCCUGUCUCUGCUCUUUUCUGCACGCAGGUUGAAGCUCUAAACAGCAAUAAAAUCCCAGGCACAACUGCAGUGGAAAGGGCCGAGGAAGAGGUUACUCCUACGUUGUUAUCAUUGAUUGUAAAAGAUAUAGAGACAUCACCAACACAUAAGCAAACUUGUAGCUAGGUUAGAUCAUAUCACAGUUAAAUUUAGAAGCUGAUGAGAGUGGGAUAUAUAGAUUUCUGUUUUCUGUGUAGUCUAAGUGUAAUUGGCUUGUAAAUUUAGGCCCUGUUAAGUUGGACCUCCAGAUUGUUUGUUUAUUGGGCCUGGUAUACUAACCCAAGGAAUUUUGUGCAUUAAGUAAACAGAAAAUGGGCAAUUGUGUAGUGUGUAGAUGUAGCAGCAGAAAAGACAUGAAAAAAGAAAAUUUGUGAAGCAUAGAGUGAUACCAGAAUCCAAACAAGACAAAAGAGUAGAGGGAUUUGAAGAUCCGAAAUGACAACCAAAGAGACAGACACCCACCUUGUAUGUGCUAUCACCUCAAACAGUAGUGUCGUCUUAGUCAAAUCUUCUGCACAGGCUGUGACAAAAAAAGAAUAACGACAAGAUGCCAUCUCUGAUUAGUGCUAAUCACCUCAGCAUGGUUAAUCAUGCAUGUUUGAUGUUAAUGACCUUGUAAUUUGGAUGUCCAAAACCAAGUUAUCCUGUCCACAAAAUGUGACCCUCAACCCCAUAUUUUGCCCUAUGUGUUCUUUUAUCUUACCAUCCUUACCUAACACACAUUUGCAAUUGUAAUCACUCAUGUUUGAUGUUAAGAACCUUGUAAUUUAGUGAGAUCAGAUUAAUUACAUGUCCAGAAACCUUGUAAUUUAGUCGGAUU